GCCCCGGUUUGGGCCAACCGACCAGUUAUAAACCCGGGGACCGGUUGCGGGGUGCAGGCAGAGCAAAGCGCGCGCGCGAGCAGAGCGCAACGCUUGGAGGAGACCACGGUUGCAAGCGCGCGCGGUGGGUCGCCAGGACAAACGGAUACCCGGACGGGACGACCCCUAAGACCCCCCCAGCAGAGCCAAGCCCCAGCGAUGACGCUGAAUAAUGUCACCCUGCGCCAAGGCUCAGUGGGCCUGCAGCCACAGCAGCAGCGCUGGAGCAUCCCCGCUGACACCAGGCAUUUGAUGAUCCAGAAAGAGCCCCACCACUGUAGCCCGCAUGGCCGCCCUGCUGCUGCCCCCGAGGACCCUUGCCGCCGAAGCUGGUCCUCUGACUCCACAGACUCUGUCAUCUCCUCGGAGUCAGGCAACACCUACUACCGAGUGGUGCUCAUAGGGGAGCAGGGCGUGGGCAAGUCCACUCUGGCCAAUAUCUUUGCAGGAGUGCAUGAUAGUAUGGACAGUGACUGCGAGGUCCUGGGAGAAGAUACAUAUGAACGGACACUGAUUGUUGAUGGUGAAAGUGCAACCAUUAUACUUCUGGACAUGUGGGAAAAUAAGGGGGAGAAUGAGUGGCUCCAAGACCAUUGCAUGCAAGUGGGUGAUGCCUACCUGAUCGUCUACUCCAUCACAGACCGGGCAAGCUUUGAGAAAGCUUCUGAGCUACGAAUCCAGCUCCGAAGAGCCCGCCAGACAGAGGACAUCCCUAUCAUUUUGGUGGGCAAUAAAAGUGACUUGGUGCGGCGCCGGGAAGUGUCUGUGUCUGAAGGGAGAGCGUGCGCUGUGGUGUUUGACUGCAAAUUCAUUGAAACCUCUGCAGCUGUGCAACACAACGUUAAGGAGCUGUUUGAGGGUAUUGUGCGUCAAGUGCGCCUGCGGCGGGACAGCAAGGAGAAGAACGAGAGGCGACUGGCCUACCAGAAGAGGAGGGAGAGCAUCCCCAGGAAAGCCAGGCGCUUCUGGGGCAAGAUUGUGGCCAAAAACAAUAAGAAUAUGGCCUUCAAGCUCAAGUCCAAAUCCUGCCAUGACCUCUCUGUGCUCUAGGCUGUCAGUCACUCGCUGUCUCCAGUUGGACAUCCCGGAAGGCCACAAGGACUGAUAAUCUAUAUUAGAUUGCACUCUAAGUAUUGUAUGGUGCAGCUUCCCUUGUUGCACCUGGGAAUUCAGUAUGUUAGCCUCAAUGGGAGGGAAGAGUAUUUAUUUGCAGGAAAAAGCCUGAUGUGGCUACUUGGACCCGAGUCUCACAAGAAGUGGUCGUUGGCAUUCAGAUGUGUUUCAUCUCUCCUUUGAAUAGCAGAGAAUUGAAGCCUGCAUGAUCUGCCUCAUGUUCUGACAUGUGAUUUGAGGUCGUGAACAGAGAGAGAGAAAUGGUCAAAAGUUGGGUUCCACAAAGUGAGAAUGUCUUCCUCUCUACCUUAGAUUCAUGGAACUAGGAUAGCGUAUGGACUCAUCAUAAUCAUGACAAUUAUUGCUCCAUAAAGCUGUGAAAAAAAAUGAUGGACCUUGCUGGAAACUAAAGCUUAGUAAACUGCUUUGUUUAAUGAUUACUAUUGGAGAUUCAGAAGUUUGCUAGAUUGGGAAUGGAUUCAUGUACUGCUUACAUGUUCUAAACAAUUAUUUCAGUCUAAGUCUACUUUGCCAAGCUACCUUUUAUUCUUUAUAUUUUUAAGUCAUAGGGCCAUCAUAAAAAUCUUUUUUAAAUCUGUACAAUAACUUGGAGUACAAAAUGUCAAAUUUUUAGGUAUAAUUAUGUCAGAAUUUUUAUAUAAGACCAAAUAUGACUACUUCUAAUACAUUCACACUUGUAUACCACGGCUCUGCUCUAUUUAUUAUUUUGCAAAAUAAUAACCAUUUUAACAUUUGAUAAAACUUAUUUAUGAACAUAUUUCUUUAAAAUGUCCAUUUUAUUACC